UCACCUGUCACGGACAUCUUGCUGCAAUCGGUCAAACUCCAUUGCUGUGUUUUCUUCUGAAGUGGAGUACCGGAAACCAACUCGUCUCCGGAUCUGCCGAGAAACAGAAGCAUAUUGCCCCGCAGCGCUUCAUAUAAGACCCAUGAAGCUCACACCAGGCUUUCGACUCUUGAGCAACUGGGUUCUCAACACUCUUGCGCCUUGUAUAGCCUUAGCCAUUGCUGCAUACUACUUUGGUGUGCUCAGCAUUCUCCCCGUCUGGCAGACACUCCUGCUUGCCGCUGCCACUCCGCCAUCCGCGUUCUUACUCGGCGUUGCCUACGACACCCUUUCCCAACGCCGCAGAGCAGCUGCACUCGGGGCGCGUCUGGUGCCUCGCGUGAAAGGAAGAUGGCCAGGCAACAUGGACGUCGUGAUAGAGCAAGCCGAAGAGGUCGAUAGGGAUUAUAUGGGCUCGUACUUCUUGAAACUCGAACAGAAAUACGGCAAGGUCUACAACGUUCGUUAUCUAUGGGACGACUUCAUUUUCACCACCGAGCCGAGUCACAUUAAGGCCAUCCUAGCUAGUAACUUUGGAAGUUUUGUUAAGGGUGAAGAGUUCAACGAUAUCUUCCGUUCCGUCCUCGGAACUGGCGUCUUUAACUCUGACGGCGAUAUGUGGAAGUUUCAUCGAUCAAUGACGCGUCCCUUCUUCACGCAUGACCGCAUCAGUCAUUUCGACACCUUCGACACUCACGCCGAAACCGCCAUCACUGCCGCCAAAGACCGUUUCCGAGCUGGCCAUGCGAUUGACUUCCAAGACCUCAUCUCACGCUUCACCCUCGACUCCGCAACCGAGUUCCUCUUUGGAAGCUGCGCGCACACCCUGCACUCUCCACUUCCCUACCCAUACAACGCAGUCCACACCCAUAGUCCCGGAGGUCUCAGCGCCAACGGCAAGCCGAACGCCGCGGACAUCCUUUCGACCGCGUUCGCGAGCGCACAGACCAGCGUCGGACGCCGGACGAACUUGCUCGGCAUUUGGCCGUUGUGGGAGAUAUUCAAGGACCGUACUGAAGACGAUAUGAAGGUCGUUCACGAGUUCUUGGAGCCUAUUAUCGCCGAGGCGAUUGAGAAGCAGCGCGUAGAUGGCCUUGAUGCUGGCGAGGAGAAGAGUUCGGGGACGGAGAAGGCGGAGGUGCACGAGGGGGAGACGUUGCUGGAUCAUCUGGUUAGGCUCACUACAGACCGCGUUAUCCUCCGAGAUGAGGUGCUGAACAUCAUGAUCGCCGGCCGUGACACCACCGCUUCAGCUCUCACCUCAGCAGUUUACCUGCUGGCGAUGUAUCCCAGCGCAAUGGACCGUCUUCGAGAGGAAGUGAUGAGCAAGGUCGGUUCCUCGCGCCGCCCGACCUACGAUGAUCUCCGCAACAUGAAGUAUCUAAGGGCGGUCCUCAAUGAAACGCUUAGGCUCUUCCCUCCCGUCCCGAUGAACCUUCGUCAAACAACUGAGGACACAACCCUCCCUUCCCCCGAUCCGGAGAGGAUGCCGCUGUUCAUCCCCAAGAACACGAUGAUCACCUACAGCGUUGCGCUGAUGCACCGACGUCAUGACCUGUGGGGUCCGGAUGCGGAUGAGUUCGAUCCGGACCGCUUCCUCGACCAACGCUUGCAGAAAUACCUCGUCCCGAAUCCAUUCAUCUUCCUCCCCUUCAACGCCGGACCCCGCAUCUGCUUGGGCCAGCAGUUCGCCUACAAUGAGAUGUCGUUCAUGCUCGUCCGCCUCAUGCAGAACUUCUCUCGCUUUGAGCUCGCGCUGGAUGCGCUUAGCCCAGACGCUCGCCCGCCGGCCCAUUGGAAGGAUAUCCCUGGGCGUGCGCCGAUUGAGAAGUUCCAUCCUCGGUCGCAUUUGACUUUGUAUGCGAAGGGUGGAAUGUGGGUGCGUAUGAUAGAAUCGGAGCAGGCGUAAAGUGUGUUAUGCUGUUAUCUAUUAUGACGUGUACUAGUAUUCUACCACUGAUGUCAUAAGUCUAGCGUUACUACGCCUCCGUCAUGUACAAAGGAGAACACACAAAAGCUGUGUUAGCUGUACCACCUAGCUUUACUGUUGAUAUAGAUCUGAAGAUCGUCUACGUCCUUGUGAACGAGUUUAAUGCGUGAUAGAUGCCACUCUUCGCCCAUCUGUUCUGCCGUCUCCUUCAUGCCCGGGGGAAACCCUUCGCUCCUAAAGAGGGUUAUAUUCAAAGCGCUACACUUAGAUCUCUCCAAGAAGCCUCCGAGAAAAUAUAGACCUGAAUCGCCGCCGAAGAAACAGGUGCCGAUGGCGAGAUACGUAAGAUUGGGAAGGGUGAUGUAAAGGAAAAAACCUUCGUGGGAGAACACAUCAUCUGAGCAGAUGCUGAGGGUACGUAGCUUGCUAUGGGUCAGUGGAUCUUCUAGAGCUUCGUCGUCGUGGUCUUGGUUCCACCCGCCCCAGCUGCUCAGGAAGAGCUCGAUGAGGUUUGGAAAGUCACAUAGGAGAGUAAUGGCGUCCAAGGUGUCGCCGCACCUCAAGGUGAGGGACACUAGGUUUUCCCAGCGAUUCACCUGAUACAAGAACCAAGUCGCUUUGUCAGAGUCAGAGUCGAUGUGAAGAUGUGUUAGCUGGUGGAGAUAGGAAGGAGGAUAUGCAGGGUAUGCAGGCCACGUGUUUGCCUGUCCAGCACUGAAGUUCUUGAGCGUAAGCCUGCGAAGGUUGGGGAAACCCGAAAGCCAUGAUGAAAUCUGGGAGUAAUAGAUCGCUGAGUCGGUACAGGUGAUGUCGAUACCCUUGAUUUCAUGUAGUGCAACGGCGUUGCCUGGUGGAGGUUGGAUCUGACGGGAUUCCCUAGUUGAGAUGUCAUAAGAGAGAAAAAUGGGAAGGGAACCGGCGCGGUGAAGGAGGUGGUGCGGUAAAGGGAUUGUGGUGAUGGCUUCCCGUUCGACCUUGACCAUCAGCCAAGUCCACCAACGGGAGGUGCCGAGAGCGACUCGCCGCCACUGUUGGCAGACUUGGGCGACGUUGACGCAUGGUGUAUAAUCGCAAGACU